AUGGGGGUUGGCGCCCAAACGGAACAAAUUGCUGCGGUGCCGUUGAAAGCCGCCUUUCCCUUCUUGAGACUGCCCCGCGAACUCCGUGACCUGAUCUACGACUAUGCUCUUCGGAUAGACGAUGACCGGAGCCUGCGUGCUCUGCGCAUUGAACGCCGCAACUUGAAAUACUUCACGCCCAGCGCGGCUGCGAUCCUGCUGGUCCUUCACCAUGAGUAUUUCCUCGUCAACCGCCAGGUUGCCCGCGAAGCCCUCGAAGUCUUGCUCAAGGACCACACCGUCUUUCUCAGCUGCGGUCCCUUUGUGCUCAAAUCUCUGCUGGAGAAGAUCGAGGAGCAAAAUGGGCCGGGCCGACAGUGGCUCAAGUGGAUGAAGAAGAUCGAGCUGGACUGGGUCACCUUUCCCAACCUGACUCACUACCCGCCCGAUCGUGAAGAGGGUAGAGACGACUGGUACUGGGAGCAAGACGAGCAGGAAGUCGAUGUCGACUAUCUCCGUGGCGCCCAAUACAACGGCCACUACGACGAGUACGAUCACGAGGGCGGUCAUUACGACGACAACUUCUAUGACCCAUCCGACGCCACCUUGUAUCCAUCCUUCCAACAACCCCCAGCAGUCCAACCGCCGGAUCCCAACGACCCCUUCGGCUUCGGAGGCCACUAUCCCUUUACUGACCCCUCUCGCAAUCCAAACCCCGAUGAAGCCCCAUCUUUAUCUCGAGAAGACAUUUCAACCAAGCUCGACUUGCUCGUGCAAAUGGAAGUCACCCCGCUCUUCACGUACCUUGCCUCCCACACCUUCAACCUAACCAGCAUCACUAUCCCCCUCUACUUCAUAUCCCGCGAGUCCCAUCACCACCGCAGCAUCACGCGCCCUGGGUACACACUACCACUGAAAAUACGGUACUGGGUACAAGUAUGCGUGCAUGCCCUCGAGGUAUUAAUGGAUGCUACAUGUACGCUCGAUGAAGUCGUUGUGAGAUAUCUGCCGUGGGAUAUAUGGGCAUCCAUGGGCCCUGCGGACGAUCUGAGUCGCGUUGCCAACAUGGGCGUAUGGUUUGAUGAUGACAUGGAUGAUGAGAGAGAAGGUGAGGGCGAAGCAUUCCGCGCUAUCUGGAGUGCGCUGAGGGAGAAGGGAUAUCGAGGGAGGAUGGGACUGAAGGCAAAGAUUAAGUAUAUCAAGUGGGAUGGUAACGUGGAUGCGUUUCGCGUCGGAGACGAGUUGGAAGUCGUUUUCAGCAAAGAGGACUGA